AUGGAAAAGCAACUCCAAAACAAUACAACUGUAGCAACUCCGGAGGAGUCUAAUCAAGAAUUGGAUAAAUGUGAAAGAAGUAGCAACUCGGCCUGUUACAUCGGUGUUUCGGAAGUGUGGGAAAUGGAGAUCCUUGAUGACUUAACAAGGGGGGAUACUAGUACAGUAUAA